AUGCCCAGUUGCCUCACAGCCGCACCCACUGCCACAAGCUCUUCAGCUUCGCGCACAGGGGGGUGUUGAACUUCGCUCCAUCUCACUUCUAGGACAAUAUGCGCUCACUGAAGUAGAGGUGCCUCGCCUUUUGGUGCAGUGGUAUAUUGUUCCUUCAUAGGCCUCGUACACAGCGAUGUGCUUUCCUUUCCCGAGUCGUCCUUGACUGGCAAGCGUUACCUGGUCACGUUUCUUGACGACUUCUCGCGCAAACUGUGGGCAUACGCGAUCGGACACAAAAGCGAAGUCUUUGGCGUGUUCAAGACAUGGCUUGCCGAGAUCGAACUCGAGACGGGUGCAAAACUGAAGGUCCUCCGAACCGACAAUGGUGGCGAAUACUGUUCGAGAGCGUUCACGGAAUUCUGUAAGGCACGCGGCACACGUCGACAAUACUCUAUCCCUCGAACGCCUCAACAGAACGGUCGUGCCGAACGAGUCAAUCGUUCUAUCGUCGAAGGUGUCCUUGCCCUCCUUGCAGACGCCCACUUACCCAAAUCAUUCUGGGAGGAGGCAGCAGCUUAUUUCGUCUACUGCAAGAACCUGUGCGAACACUCGGCCCUGGACAAGGCAACACCGAACUUCGCCUGGCAGGGCGACCGCACCAACGCCUCGGCGCUUCACCCGUUCGGCUGCACGGCUUGGCUCACAGUCGCGCCUGAACUUCGCUCGAAACUCGACCCGAAAGCGGUUCGCGUUCUCUUCACCGGCUAUGACCUGGCUUCUAAAGCCUUCCGUUUCUACGACAUGACGACCAAGAAGAUCAGUUUGGGCAGAAAUGCCAGGUUCCUCGACAACGAAUUUCCCGGGUUACGUAGCGACUCCACCGAGCAAGACGCCGACACGCACUUCGCCAGCGCUUGCCCGACCACCGAAUCCCAAGCCGUUGUCAAGACAUGGACCCCACUAGUAAGGUCGGCGCACAUGGACGUCUCAUCCUCUCUUGAUGACUCUGCCAUGAGCGCCGUUGACGUGGCCCCAGGGUACACUGGCGGAACCUUACUUAAUUCCACAGAUGCCGAAUCGUCCUCGUCACCGUCUCCUGAGCCGUCCUCGUCACCGUCGCCCGCAACUCCCUUGUCACCGUCGCCUGCGCUGUCACCGUCGUUGGCUGCGUCAUCGUCACCCUCGGCCUUACCGACCGACUCUGACUACUCCGCCGACCCUCUGGACCUCAUCGGCUCACAGACCCCGACUCGCCUCGGCCCACCGGACGUGCACCGCCCAGACUUCAGCACGUACCGUGAGCCCGCAUCGGCUGAGGAGUCGCCCGACGAACUCGACAUCAUUGGGCGCCACUUAUUCGAUCAACUCUACUACGUCAGCGAUGUAGUUAUAGCCAAGAGUGAUGAAUGCAUUUCAACAUACCUAUUCGAUCAACUCUACUACGUCAGCGAUGUAGUUAUAGCCAAGAGUGAUGAAUAG